GAGCCACACAUGCUGCCUGCGAAGAUAGGGAGGAGCUCGAGCAGCACCAGAUCGAAUCAGAAGAGGUUUGUUUUGCAGGCCUCGCCAUAACCAUGGCUUUGCAAGGUCUUGUAGACUGGAGGGGACGGCCAGUUAACCAAAAGAGGCAUGGUGGAGUGAAAGCCAGCAUGUUCAUCCAUUUUCUUAUUGUGAUGGCAAACAUAGCAAACAUACCGAUGAUAUUGAAUCUGGUGAGCUACUUGCAUGGGACGAUGCACAUGGGAGUCAAGGACGCCUCCACCACCUCUACGAAUUUCUUUGGGGCCAUAUGUUUCUUCUCCUUCCUCGGUGCCUUCGUCUCUGACUCCUACAUCAAGCGCUUCUACACGAUGCUCAUCUUUGCGCCCAUCGAGAUCAUGGGGUACAUGGUCCUAGCGUUCCAAGCACACUUCCCUUCGCUGCACCCGCCGCCGUGCGACAUGAUCAACCGCCCCAACGAGUGCGCUCCGGUGAGCGGACGGAACCUGAGCCUGCUCACCCUGGGCCUCUACCUGAUCCUCAUCGGCGAGGGCUCGCUGCGCUCCAAUCUUUACAUCAAGUAAAAAUAGCAUGAUACAAGGAACUUGUAAUAGUUAGGGACAUUCUCUGCUCAUAUUUCCUGAAGAUUUAUAGUGUGUAACUGCAGAUUGAAAUAGUUCUCAUACUAGAAUGCCACUCUAAAGCAAAAGGGAGGAUGGCCAACGAGGAAAAUAGGAAUUGGAUGCAAACUCUUAGUUUAAUUUAACAUG